UGUUUUUACAGCUCUAUGUGUGUCAUAGAGAAAACUGAAUUUACGGAAACCUCUCGGGGAAUCGGUCGGAUUAAAUGCAAAAUAUGCCUGUUUUGGAGCACAUUAAAGCCAUGGCCGAGACACCGACUCCAGUUGGGAACACCACGGCGCCGGCGGACGCAGAUGCAGAUGCUCCGCCCCAGGCUGUCCGGGAACUGACGCAGACCGACCAUUUAAACAGACGCCUCCUAAAGUCGCUCCUGGACAACAUGCAGGCCACCGAAGGCGUAGCGCAGGACAGCGAGAGCGGCUCCAACGAGGAGGAGAACGAAUUCGAAGAAUAAAUGAUUUAUUAGAGUACAGUAAA